GGGAAAGUGACAAAAUGUUGAUUGUCAUUUUCAACUUCCAGCAAGAACUUAUCCAGAGUUACAUAUAUGAGACAGAGAAUUAGACUCUGUGUUUGCAGACAGGUUUUUUAAUACCCUGUAGUUGCUGACCAGCAUCUGUGGGUCACCUAAAAGAUGCUCUUACCAAGGGGCUGAGGCCUCCAGCAAACCCAAACGCUUAUGCUGUACUGAUAACUUUAGACCUUGUGUUUUCUCUCAUUCUGAAAUAACAGGUAAUUCCUUCAGGGACCUCCAGAUAUCACCUCCUUUCUGUCUAGACAUAGAACAAGUUGAAGUCAUCACAGAAGGAUAAAGUUCGGCAGUUUAUGAUCUUUACACAGUCCAGCGAAAAGACCGCAGUGAAUUGUCUGUCUCAGAAUGACUGGAAGUUAGAUGUUGCAACAGAUAACUUUUUUCAGAAUCCUGAACUAUAUAUACGAGAAAAUGUUAAGGGCUCAUUGGACAGAAAGAAGUUAGAACAGCUAUACAACAGAUAUAAAGAUCCUCAAGAUGAGAAUAAAAUCGGCAUAGAUGGUAUUCAGCAGUUUUGUGAUGACCUUGCACUUGACCCUGCCAGUAUUAGUGUAUUGAUCAUUGCCUGGAAGUUCAGAGCUGCAACGCAGUGUGAAUUUUUAAAAGUGGAAUUCAUGGAUGGGAUGACAGAACUAGGAUGUGACAGCAUAGAAAAACUAAAGGCCCAGCUUCCUAAAAUGGAACAAGAAUUGAAAGAGCCAGGAAGAUUUAAGGAUUUCUAUCAGUUUACAUUCAACUUUGCAAAAAAUCCAGGACAGAAAGGUUUAGACUUAGAAAUGGCCAUCGCCUAUUGGAAUUUAGUACUUCAUGGAAGAUUCAAAUUCCUAGACUUGUGGAACAAAUUUUUAUUGGAACAUCAUAAAAGGUCUAUACCGAAGGAUACCUGGAACCUCCUGCUAGAUUUCAGUGCGAUGAUAGCAGAUGACAUGUCAAAUUAUGACGAGGAAGGAGCAUGGCCAGUUCUUAUUGAUGACUUCGUGGAAUUUGCACGCCCUCAGAUUGCUGGAAUAAAAAGUACAACAGUGUAGUGCUAAAUGAACCAUCUAGAAUGUACAUAGUCUGUACAAAUAAACAUAAUGGGGAAAAACUGCGCAGUCAAUUUCUGACGACUGGCUGAACAGGACUGAAGACCAAUCCUCAAGAAAUAAAGGCUGAGGGUUGAGGCAAGCUUUUAAGGAUAGACCUUGGACCAUAUCAGACCAUGGGUGAUUUGGGCUUCUCUCCUAGCCUGAGCCAUCCUUGCCCAUCUGAAAACUCCAGCAUAACGGAUCUCAUCCUUUUUCUUUUUUUUUUAAUGGAGCACCCAAACCACUUUCCAUAAACGUUAAAUGUUUUUGGAUGGUUCUUUUGAAAUUUCUGGUUCCACCUAAAGCUUCAAAGGUCAGCAUUGCAACUUGGUUGUUUUAUUUUUAAAAAGAAGGAAAGAUCUUCAAGUAACAUUCUUUUGGGCUAGCUGCAAAGACUACGUUGAGACGAUCCAAGAACAAUGAUACGUGGUUUCCUUAUCCUCUGUUUACAGCUAUUGUCAGUGUGAGUGACAUGUUAUUUUCUUUGCUCUUAUUCAGAGCAAUUGUCAAAACCAAGCCCUGGAUUUUUCCCUCUGCUCAACAUCAGGCUACCUAGUUGUACAGGUGCUUGACUGGAUGCUGUGGAAAUGCAGCACUGAUACUGAGCACUUUCAGAGGUGCUUGCAUUUUAAUAAUUGAGUCAGAAACACUGGGUGCCUCUUGUUGAGUGUUGGAUCCUCCUUUAGGACUCCACUACCUGGGCCAGGUGAGGAACCUGGAGUGUCCACUUCUUUUCUCACUCUAAGUGUGGCUUCCUACGUCCACCAGCACUUUGGCCCUGAUCACCGUAUUUCUUUACAAUAUCGCAUAUGAUGUAUCAAAUGGAAACAGGUUGAAUCUGGAAUGCCUGUGUCCAUGUCAACUGAUAACAACCUAACAUCUCGGUAGCCUGCCUCAGAAUUUCAUUGCAUCAUACUCUUGUCUGGUGGUUGUCAAGAAUUUCAGGAAUUUCGGGGCCUAUUUCUUCAACACUCCUUGGGGUUUGUUGGGUUGUGCAGUGUCUAUCGUAUAACUCUUAGCUGCGCCUUUUCAAAAAUGUUCGUUAACUGUUUCAAGGUGGACAGAGCUAGGGUGAAGUUGGCCAAGCUGUUUCUUAUAUCCAAUGAAGGCAACAUUACAAAAUAAGGAUCAGCAGGUUUAAUUUAAAACGUAGAUAAUAGGCUGCUCACAAAUGCUCCUAGAGCAAUAAAAUUUUGUGGCAUUAAAAAAGCUCAUCUUCCUGUUGAGGAAAUCCCUGUCCAUUAUUCCUAGUUCAGUUCUGCUGAAAUGUUAAGGCUUGAACACUGUGCGGAAUUUUUAAUGUUUGUUUCACAAUGUAAAAUUCUUGAUUAGGGUUAAGGAAGGAUUUUGAUUGUGGGUAUGAAAUAACAAUGAGUGUGAUAACAAAUUUUGCAGGCAUGAUGACUUGAGCGAUGCAAUACAAAUCUUUAUGAUGUUGGUGGUACUUCUAUGAUAGUGUCAUUCAUCAGUGAUGGGUGAAUCUGUUAUUCUCUUAACUGCCUCCCUUUGUAGCUGCCAAAGGGAGGCACUAGAAGUUUAAUGAGGCUCUAGUACUGUAUAUACUUCAGGAGUGGGCAUAUAGGACUGCAGGCGUGAUAUAUGAUGAGGAAUUCAGCAGAGGGCCACAGAACACCCACCCCUGGUAUAGAUGGAAAGCUAUGUGUACAAGGGUUCCUCAUACAUAAUAGUAUCAGUGACAGCAUGGCUGUAUUGUUAACAGUGGAGAUUUUGCUUUAGUGAAGCUCCUGUCCCAGAGUUUGAGCCAGAAUUUAGAAAUCCAUCUUUCCCAAGUGUAUAAAUUAUAUCCAGCACAAUCCAAUUAAACUGAUGAAGCACUUACAGUGGGACAGACUUAAGUUUGUCCUUGACUCUUCCAUUGACUUCGGUGGAACCAUGUGCUUAACUUUGGCUGGAUAAGAGCCAGCCCCAGUGCAGGUGUAAUGUUGAUCAAUCUCCUUAACAAUGUUUAAAAUAUUGUGAGCAUCCUGGAGAUUUCUGUUUUCAGCCUAAAUUACCUUUGGCUUUAGAUUUCCACAAAGGUUAAUGCUAACUAUGGUUACCUUUAAAUUGGGAUUGAGUCUUAAAAUGAGGGACUCAUUUCCACACAGCUUGAUUCAUGUCAGCCUUGGCCCAGAUGUCACACUAUGUGACAUAGUUGAACUUUAGUAAGAGGAAGAAUUGGCCUUGGAGAUCUCUCAGUCUUUCAACUACGAUUAAAGGACUGGGAAAAGUUGCAUUUGUACUGGGCCGCUGUGUGUUUAGUUUGCCACUACAUUUGUGUCCAAUGCACAAAAUCCAGCUGUUUACUUUGAAGUGUGGUUUUAUUGUGUUUUUAUAUGACAGAAGCAUCCAAAAUGCCUUCUAGCUGUAAUGCCAUUUUAACUUCAUCAGUAGUAGUUUUUGUUGUUGUCAAGUUCCUCCUUUUUUAAAAAAACGAUCAUUUCACAGAGGUAACAGGAAAUUUCCCGUCCAGGUUGUUUAAAAAUCCUCUUUUAAUAUUCAGGAAUGAGACACUCAGAUCUGGCAUUAAGUAGUGUCUCAUGAUGGAUGGUUCAUUUCCCCCACAUGCAAUUAAUUAGGUACACACGUACAAAUACAAUUUUAGAAAGCAACCUUAAGUAUUAAAUUGUUAAGCUUUUAUUUCAAAAUUUGCGCGAGGUUGUCAGAAAGGUGCCUCCCUGUUUCCUAGCAGUGCCCUUUUGAAAAACAUUCUGCUUGUAUUAAUUUAGGAAACCACUGGAUGAAACUGAGAAUCUCUCUUCAGCUGCUGCAACUGGCAAAGUCAAAUAUAUUGAUUUACUCAUUUGUUCUUUUCUCUCUCUUGUGUAAAUAUCAAUGGAGACUUGAAUUAUGAAAAUUCCACAAGGCGUGUGUGUGCUCUUUUGUCUUAUGAAAAUUUUGGGUACAACUUUCUCAGAAUGAGUCAUUUGAUGUAUGCUGUGUAUUUUUUGUGUUGGCUGUCUUGUUCUUUUGAGUUUUAAUGAGAUGUACUGAAUUCUAUCCCUGUGCAGAGAUUUGGGGCAUAAAUGCCAAGCUGUUCUUGUUUUUUUUUUUAAGGUUAUUCCUUUUGCAGUGUUGAGGCCUUUUCAACAAAAUGGAUCUUGCCAUCAUUUUGGUACUACACAAUUUAUAAUUACUGUGUAAUUAUAAAACUACAUUACAUAAUGCAUUGCUGUCUUAAGUAGCAAAGAAACGAAAGUUAUUUGUGUGAUUACAUCUUUGUGUUUUUAAGGAAAGGGUUCAGUCCCUUCCAGGCACAAGCUGGCCCCUAUCUUCAGUAGCGUGUGUGCUAUCAAAGCCAUGCUUGACUGGACUGAGUGUAGAUGCAGAAGUACUUGGCCAGAUGAUGGUUUCCUUCUGAAUGUAAAUGCCUGGUUCCAGGAAAGACUCAGAAGUGCUCAGACAUGUAUGCCCAUAUGUAUGUGUGUGAGAACAUAUUUUAUUUAAAAGUUGUGAAUUCAAUACCUUUUUAGGUUGAUUUUAUUAAUAAAAACAAUCCAAGCUUUGAACUGGCAGUAGGCUUCCCCUUUUUCUUCUUUGUCAAACAUGAGAAAAAGGAGUGAAUACUUACAAAAAUGUGAAACCCUAAUAUAUGGGCUAAAACUAUCCAACGACACAGAACCCUUGAGAAUUAAGAUUUUAUUUCAGUCUUGCAAUUGGCAUUGGUCUGUAAGUUAAAUGGUCACUCCUCUAAACCAGAGGCAAUAAAGCUCUGGCCGAUUUGUCAUGGUGGAAACUUUUCAUGGAUUAUUUGAUUUAAAAAGUUUUUUUAAAUAUUUUUAGAAAAACAUGACAAGGAAGGAGACGAGAGCAACAGCAUCAUGUUUGCUAUGUACUGUAAAGAUUGUGGUUUGCACAGCAGAGGAAUUUAUUCCUAGCUAUGAUGCAUUGGUUUGAAAAUUCUGACUUUUGUACCUCCAUGUUUAAUGUGGUUGGUCCAAAGCCUACAAUAUAUGACUCUUGAAACAACUUGUUAAAUAAAGUAACUUAUUUCUUCACAA